AUGCACGAUGAUGGAGCAUUUCAUGGGCCACUUGAACCAUCCCGAAAAGAGACCAAUCCGGCGGCAGAUGGCUGGGGACUGUGCGCCAUGCCCACUCAUUCCUACGUUUACGCCCCUUGCAGUCUGCAGCGCUCAUUGGUCACCGCACCCCGGGUGCCGGGCUCUUUGACCGCUGCAGACUUUCCAGAAGCACCAAGGUCUGAGGUUCCUGACCCCACCGGUCAGGAGUCCAAGGGCGGUGCCAAAAAUAACCAAUGGAACCCCCCUCGCAUCCUGUGA